AUGGCAGAGGUGUAUCAGAACUUGUAUUGGCUUUUCCUUCGUCUUCUUCCCGAGUCUUUUCUGUUUUCUUCUGGAUUGAAUUACAUGGCAGCAAAUGCGGAAUUUGCACAAUUUAUCUUCUUUGCAGAGCCAAAUUACCUAACAAAUGGGUACUUGGAUACGAUUAUAGAUUGGAUUCCGGGUUUGAAAGGUAUCCCGGCAAAAUAUUUACCAAGUUUCAUAUGGAACUCGGGCCAGGAUGAUGACCCAAAUUAUGUCAUAUCCCAAUUUGCAAUUCGAGAAGUUGAGGCAAUUCCCAAGGCAUCGGCUAUUAUUUUGAACACAUUUGACGAGCUAGAGCCUGAAGCUAUAAAUGCACUUCGGUCAAAGUUUCCAGGAAUUUACACAAUUGGCCCUCUUCAUCUUCUCCGCAAUCAAUUUCCUCUGGGGGAUGAUUUGAAAUCCAUUGGAUGCAAUCUGUGGAAAGAAGAUCCGUAUUGCCUGGAAUGGUUGGACACGAAAGAAGCCGGUUCAGUUGUGUAUGUGAACUAUGGAAGCGUAACAGUUAUGACCCCUGAGCAGCUACUCGAAUUUGCUUGGGGGCUUGCAAAUAGCAAAUUUACGUUUCUGUGGAUAAUCAGACCUGAUUUAGUGAAGGGAGAAUCGGCCAUUUUGCCGCCGGAGUUUCUAACUGAGACCAGAGAAAGGGGCUUAUUGGCGAGUUGGUGCCCACAAGAACAAGUGUUGAACCACCCAUCAGUUGGGUGUUUUUUAACGCACUGUGGGUGGAACUCGACCCUGGAGAGUAUUUCUGCGGGUGUGCCUAUGUUAUGCUGGCCUUUCUUCUCAGAGCAGCCGACUAAUUGCUGGUAUUGUUGCACGGAGUUGGGGGUUGGAAUGGAAAUUGAUUCCAAUGGGGAUAGGAAUGUGAUUGGGGAUCUGGUGAGAGAGAUGAUGGGCGGAGAAAAGGGGAAGGAGAUGAAAGAGAAGGUGAUGAAGCUGAAGAAAUUAGCUGAAGCAGUGGUGGCAUCUCCUGCCGGGCCAUCUUACCUUAAUUUUGAGGAAAUCGUGAACAACGUGCUCAUACCUCCAACAUCAAAAUAAUGUCUCAAAAAUUUAUAUUAUGAUCUAUUCACUGUUUAAAAGUAGGAUCAAAAUCAGCAAGAUAGCUCGGCAAUUUAGGCCUUCUCCUUUGCCUGUCUCUACCAAGUCCACGUUCUGCAUGCAUGACACCUUAUCACCUUUCUCUGUAUGCAUGAUGGCAGAGGUGUAUCAGAACUUGUAUUGGCUUUUCCUUCGUCUUCUUCCCGAGUCUUUUCUGUUUUCUUCUGGAUUGAAUUACAUGGCAGCAAAUGCGUAGAUUAAUGGAAUCAAAUUCCUCUCAAUAAUCACACAUUGUAUGCUAUAAUACUUUACUCGCUAAUAUUUGUAUUCAACAGAAUGGUUAAUAACAGAGCUCUGUGUUACUGUCAAA